AUGGCGCAAGAGGGGCGACUGAUCAGUUCGCUGCACACCUCGAUAUUGGACCUCCCUCCAAGCUGCAUCGAGUUUUGCCCAUCGCACCCAGACUAUUUUGUUGUGGGAACUUAUGAUUUGCAAAAAGACAAGGCGGAAACUGAACAGAGCCAAGACGCCCUCGGUCAACAUCCACAAACCCGCAAUGGUAGUCUCGUGGUGUUUCAGUUGACUGGAGGGAAAGUGGAAAAGGUUCAGACUCUGGCACAGCCCUCCGCCAUCCUUGAUCUGCAUUUCCACCCCAGCGAGACCGAUGUGCUUGCUGUCGUGAACAGCACGGGUAGGCUCUCUUUCUUGAGACUAGCAUCAUCCUCAGCCGACAAUAGUCCUGUAUUGACGGAGAUCAUCGCUCAUCAGCCACUGGGCGCUCAGCAAGAUGUGCUCAUAUUAUCGUGCUGCUGGCAUCCGACCAUCCCUAACCUCAUCGCGGUCACAACUUCUACCUGCGAAGUUCACUUGCUUCGCAUGGGCGAAGACUGGCAUAUGAAAUCAGAUGAAAGCCUCAUCCAUUCCCACGAUGACCAAGCCUGGACGGUGGCCUUUGGACCCAGCGUCCAAGGCGACGCGGAAACGGCAUCCUUCAAGAUUCUUUCAGGGGGGGAUGAUUUCAGACUUUUGGCCAGCACUUGCGAGUCCGACGAUGAGGAAUCCUGGUCUGCUCUAGGGGACACUAAGCAAAUUGGCAGGCAUGACUACGGGGUUACAGCCAUUCUGCCGUUGCACACAAACCAGGACACUCAGGAGUACGUUCUACUGACUGGAAGUUAUGAUGACCAUAUCAGAGUGUACGUUGCAGGAGCUGCGCCUCGGCUUCUGGCGAAGCUCAACCUCGGCGGUGGAGUGUGGAGGUUGAGGGUGAUGCGGUUUGACACAGACACCAAAGGCCUCGGUGGAUGGACAGCUACCAUUCUUGCAUCUUGCAUGUAUACAGGAGCCAGGGUCGUGAAGCUAUCUGGCACUUGGUAUGAAUGCAAGAUGGAGGUUCUGGCACGAUUCGAGGAGCACGAGAGCAUGAACUAUGGGAGCGAUUUCCGGCUGAGUGCAAAUGGGGAAUCAGCCCGUAUUGUAUCAACCAGCUUCUAUGAUAAGCGGCUAUGUGUGUGGGAUUUCUCAUAG